AUGUCUGGAGCCUACGACGAGUCCGCCAGCCAGGAGGAGACCACAGACAGCUUCUGGGAGGUUGGGAACUACAAACGCAGCGUGAAGCGGAUCGACGAUGGUCACCGGCUCUGCAAUGACCUGAUGAACUGCAUCCAGGAGCGUGCCAAAAUCGAGAAAGCCUACGCACAGCAGCUGACGGAGUGGUCCAAGAGAUGGAGGCAGCUGGUAGAAAAAGGGCCUCAGUACGGCACAGUAGAGCGAGCCUGGUUGGCAGUGAUGACGGAGGCAGAAAAGGUGAGCGAGCUUCACCAGGAAGUGAGGAACAACCUAAUCAACGACGACUUUGAGAAGGUGAAGAACUGGCAGAAAGACUCGUACCACAAACAGAUGAUGGGAGGAUUCAAGGAAACCAAAGAGGCAGACGAGGGCUUCAAGAAGGCUCAGAAACCGUGGGCCAAGAAGCUAAAAGAGCUCGAAGCUGCCAAGAAGUCCUACCACAUGGCCUGUAAGGAGGAGAAGCUGGCUUCCACCAGAGAAGCCAACAGCAAAGGAGAGGCGUCGGUGACGGCUGACCAGCAGAAGAAGCUGCAUGAGAAAGUCGACAAGUGCAAACAGGAUUCACAGAAGGCCAAGGAGAAGUAUGAAAAGGCUCUGGAUGAGCUGAGUAAGUGCACCCCCCAGUACAUGGAAAACAUGGAGCAGGUGUUUGACCAGUGCCAGCAGUUUGAGGAGAAGAGGCUGAGCUUCCUCAGGGAGGUGCUGUUGGAUGUCAAACGCCACCUCAACCUCACAGAGAACCAAAGUUAUUCUACAGUAUACAGAGACCUCGAACGCACCAUUACAACAGCUAGCGCACAAGAAGAUCUGAAGUGGUUCAGCAACACCCACGGCCCUGGCAUGCAUAUGAACUGGCCACAGUUUGAGGAGUACAACCCAGACCUCACCCACAGCAUCUCGAAGAAGGAAAAGUCAAAGAAAAGCAGCGACGGAGUCACGCUGACCAACGUCUCAACACCAGUGGACCACGCUCAAGCAGGAGAUCGAGGAAGUGUAAGCAGUUAUGAGAAGAACCAGGCGUUCACGGCCUCCACAGAGUGGUCAGAUGAAGACCAGACGGCCCCGAACUCAGGCAACGACACCAACGGAGGAUCGAACCCCUUCGACGAAGACGUGGGCAAAGGAGUGAGAGUCAGAGCGCUGUACGACUAUGAAGGCCAAGAGCAGGACGAACUCACCUUCAGAGCAGGGGAUGAGCUGACGAAGCUGGAGGAGGAGGAUGAACAGGGCUGGUGUAAAGGUCGCCUUGACAAUGGCCAGCUCGGUCUUUAUCCAGCCAAUUACGUGGAGCUGAUCUAACCGUUGCAGCUCUCUCGUUGUGUCGCUGGAAGGCAAACCCAGACUGAACCGUCCAGUCAUACCGCACAUUGCCAGAGACUUGAAAGCAAAGCUUCCUCUUCCUGUCAGGCACAGUGAGCUGUCUUCAUCUCAGAACUCAUCACAGGAUUCAGGAUCAUCUCCUUAAACCGCAACUGUUUUUAGUAUAUUUUGUGUGUAGCUGUGGUGGAUUUCAGUUGUGACACUAACAUGCCAUAUGUUCUUUCAUCAUGUUAAUGAUAUGGUAUUGUGCCUGGAUAGUGAGAAUGAGCUAUGCAUUUUGCAUUUCAUGUAUAUAUUUAAUCUUUUUUUUUUACAGUCUGGAUGCUUGUACAGUUUCUCCCAUAUUGUUGGCUUUUUUUUUUUUUUUCUUUGUGAAAUAUUUCAUGUUUAGACUCAAAACAAUAGUUUGACAUUUUGGGGAAAUACAGUAAUAUAUUUUCUUGCUGAACAUAAGAUGAGAGGGUAGAAACCACUCCAGUGUUUUUCUGUUUGAUAUGAGAGAAAGUCAGUCAGGAGAUGUUAGCUUAGUUUAGCUUAGAACAAACACUUGAAAGAGGAGAAGACUACGGAGGUUAACUCCGCUAAAAACUCAGAUCUUGAACUUCUGGAAAUGAUGUAUGAUGGGUAACACUUUCAUAAUAAGGGUGUAA